UCCCUCCUUCCUCUUCCGCCUCCCACUCACCCUCUCUGAUCUCUCUCUCUCUCUCUCUUCCUUUCUCCUCCAUCCAAUUUUGACCCAACUCUCCCGCAGCACCCCCGACCACAGAUAAUUGGGUUAAGUUGAAGCCAUGGCUGCUGCUGCUGAUGAUGCGCAUGGCCAGCUCUUUCGUUAAAUAGCCAGGCAUGGCCAUGCCUCCUCCUCGCGGCCUCAUACCAUUCUACGCCAAUCUACUCGAAGCCUGCUCUUUGUCUAAGAAUCUCCAAACCGUCAAACAGCUCCACGCUAAAACCAUAAGACUCUGCAUUUCCCGCCACGACUUCAUUCGAACCAAGCUCGUUUUCUCCUAUGCCUCCUGUGCCCAACUGAACCAGGCCAACCUCCUCUUCUCCUUCUGCAAUCGCCAAUCGACCUUCAUCUUCAACACCCUCAUUCGAGCCCAUUCGUCCCAAGGUUUGUUCUCUCAAUCUCUGUCCAUUUUUAUCCGCAUGCUUGCUGCCAUUAAAGCCUUUGACCGCCAUACCUUGCCUGUGGUUCUCAAAUCUUGUGCUGGGUUAUUGGCAUUGAGGCUUGGGAAGCAAGUACAUGGAGCCAUAUUCGUGAAUGGGUUUGCCUUAGAUUUGGCGAACUUGAAUGCGUUGAUCAGCAUGUAUGCCAAGUGUGGUGACUUGGUUGGUGCGCGUAAAGUGUUUGACGGAAUGCUCAUAAGAAAUGAGAUUUCUUGGUCAGCAAUUUUGGCUGGGUAUGGAAUGCAUGGAGUGUUUGGUGAGGUAUUUGAAUUGUUUGAUAGGAUGGUGGAGGCAGGAGAGAGGCCGGAUGCAGUGACAUUCACUACGAUUUUGACAGCGUGUAGUCAUGGCGGGUUCACAGAGAAGGGGAGGGAGUAUUUUGGAAUGAUGGAGCAGAGGUUUGGGGUGAAGCCCAGGUUGGAGCAUUAUACAUGUAUGGUGGAUAUGUUAGGCAGGGUGGGACGGGUGGAGGAGGCAGAGGAGUUGGUUUUGGGGAUGACAGUGGAACCAGAUGCGGCAUUAUGGGGCGCGUUGUUGGGUGCUUGUAGGAUUCAUGGGAAGGUAGAGGUAGCUGAGAGAGUGGAAGAGAUGCUCUAUGAAAGGCGACUUGGUGUAGCAUCUCUUUGAGGCAUUUACAGUGAAGUUCUUGCAAAAGGCCGGCAGUGAGUUCGGUUGCUCAUGAUGCUAAGUUUGCUUUCUCAAAUCUGUCAGAACUGAAAUUUGUUGGUAAAAAGCCUGUGUACAGUGUAUUCCUCAGGGGGUUAGUUAGUUUCUAGUUA